AUGUCUCAGCAAUCAGCCGCACCUAAGCCUUCGCUUCAGGGGGUCCGCAUCAGAGCUAGGAAAGGUGCUGUAAAGGCGCACGCUAAACACGAACCCACCGUCUUCCGAGACCAGCUCUACAAACACAUCGAGACUGUCCCCAAGGACGACUUUGACGGCUUUGCCAAUAAACUAGUUCAGGCUGGCUCUACUCUCGAAUUUCUUAAAUACGCAGAUGUCCUCUUCGAGAUUCUCCUUGCCGGCGGCAUCCUCCAGCCUGGAGGCAACUACGUUGAGGAUGGCGCCCCUCAGUCUCCGUUUUCUAUCGUCAGCGCUAAGGAGCCCGUGGAGGUGGCGGACAUAAAGCGAUAUAUCGAGUACCUCCAAAAACCCCUGGAGGAAACCUCUCUUCCAACUCUUUUGCAAUAUAUCAAUCGAUGGCCCGAUGCACAAAGGGAGAAGCUUGCAGUCGCCAUUGCGCUUCUUAUGUCCCAGGGCUUAGCAGGUGCCGGUUGUCUGCAAAGUCUGACGAAAGAUCAUCUCGCGAAAAAUGAUGUCUCGAUCAACAUCGUCACUGUGAUCUUUCGCACUUACCUGACCGAGCAGUCUAUGGACCAUCUCGCCGGAUCGCUCAAGCGUGGUGGAAUCAAGGACCUCCUGCUUUUCUUUCCUGCGAACAAGCGCAACGACAAAGCCGUUGAAGAGCACUUCCGCAAGGCAGGCAUUCCGCAGGUUGCGGAAUGGUGGACAAAGCGCCAAUAUGCGUCUCUCAAAGAUGGGAUCAUCAGGACCCUCCAGGAGCAGCUCGAGCAGGAUGUCCCCCACGCAGAAAUCGUCGCGGCCAUCAAAGCCAAGCAAGAGGAGCAGCCCCUCCCUGAGACCGAGCUGGUCUCGUGCAUCUGGCAGGGUCUCAUCUCGUCUAUCGAGUGGUCAGCCCGACAAGAUCAAAACGAAGCGCUUGCGCUUCGUGAGAUUGGUGGCUUCGCUGACAUUAUCGAGCCAUUCUGUAACGGGGCUAAAACCGAAGUGGCCCUCAUUAAUACAGUGCAGGUGUACUGUUACGAAGACACACGUAUCAUUAAGGCCUUUUCCCAGGUUCUCAAGGUUCUGUAUAACAAAGACUGUAUCUCCGAUCAAGCCAUUAUAUAUUGGCACCAGAAGGGUGCAAAGCCGCAAGGAAAGCAACACUUCCUGCAAGCGGCGCAGCCACUCGUGAAGUUCCUGCAGGAACAGGAGAGCGAUGACGAGGACGAGUAG